AGCGGCUCCCGCGGGCGCGGCCGGGCUCCCCAGACGCGCCCCGUUGGAGAGACGGAGCCGGGGGCCGGUGGCGGCGAUGCGGGAGGAGCCGGCGGGGCUGGGCGCCGGGCUCUGCUUCUCGGCCGGCGGCUCUGCGGGGCGCUCCCCGCCAGGGGGCGGCCCGGCUCGGGGCGAGCUGGCAGCGGCCGGCGGGGGGCCGUAGGGGAACCCGCUCCGAGUCACCCGACUCACCUGGGCACCGCAUCGCCCCCGGCACGUCCAGGCAUCGAGGGCCCGCGCCCCGGACGUCGCACGUUUGCUAUGUUGCCCUUUGGAGACAAAACCAGAGAAAUGGUCAAUGCAUGGUUCGCUGAGAGAAUCCACACUAUCCCCGUGUGCAAGGAGAGCGUCCGAGGCACCCCGGAAGCCUGCCCCUGCCCCUCCCAGCAGAGCCCACGAGCCGACGGCAGCGCCCCGGGAACCCCAACCAGGAAAAUCUCCGCCUCGGAGUUCGACCGUCCACUCCGGCCCAUCGUGGUCAAGGACUCGGAGGGCGCUGUGAGCUUCCUGCCCGACACAGAGAAGAAAGAACAGAUGCCGCUCACCCCUCCCCGCUUCGACCACGACGAGGGGGACCAGUGUGCCAGGCUCCUGGAGUUGGUGAAGGAUAUUUCCAGCCACUUGGACGUCACCGCCUUGUGUCACAAAAUCUUCUUGCACAUCCACGGACUCAUCUCUGCCGACCGCUACUCUCUGUUCCUGGUCUGCGAGGACAGCUCCAACGACAAGUUCCUCGUCAGCCGCCUCUUCGACGUGGCUGAGGGGACUACGCUGGAAGAAGCGUCCAACAACUGCAUCCGCUUGGAAUGGAACAAGGGCAUCGUGGGGCACGUGGCCGCGCUAGGCGAGCCCCUAAACAUCAAAGACGCCUAUGAGGAUCCUCGGUUCAAUGCAGAAGUUGACCAAAUCACAGGCUACCGGACUCAAAGUAUUCUCUGCAUGCCAAUUAAGAAUCACAGGGACGAGGUUGUUGGUGUAGCUCAGGCCAUCAACAAGAAAUCAGGCAAUGGUGGGACUUUCACCGAAAAAGAUGAAAAGGACUUUGCUGCUUACUUGGCCUUUUGUGGUAUUGUUCUUCAUAACGCUCAGCUCUACGAGACGUCAUUGCUGGAGAACAGGAGAAAUCAGGUGCUGCUCGACCUUGCUAGCUUAAUCUUUGAAGAACAACAGUCAUUGGAAGUAAUUCUAAAGAAAAUAGCUGCCACUAUUAUCUCUUUCAUGCAGGUGCAGAAGUGCACCAUUUUCAUAGUGGAUGAAGAUUGCUCCGAUUCUUUUUCCAGCGUGUUUCACAUGGAGUACGAGGAGCUAGAGAAGCCAUCCGAUACUUUAAUGAGGGAACGUGAUCCAGCCAGAGUGAAUUACAUGUAUGCUCAGUAUGUCAAAAAUACCAUGGAACCACUGAACAUCCCGGACGUGACUAAGGAUAGAAGAUUCCCCUGGACAAAUGAGAACACAGGAACUGUUAAUCCACAGUGCAUUAGAAGUUUGCUUUGUACACCAAUAAAGAAUGGAAAGAAGAAUAAGGUGAUAGGGGUCUGCCAACUUGUUAAUAAGAUGGAGGAGAAUUCUGGCCAGGUGAAGCCUUUCAACCGAAAUGACGAACAGUUUCUGGAAGCUUUUGUGAUCUUCUGUGGGCUGGGCAUCCAGAACACGCAGAUGUACGAAGCGGUGGAGAGAGCCAUGGCCAAGCAGAUGGUCACCUUAGAGGUUCUGUCCUACCACGCAUCAGCGGCUGAGGAGGAGACCAGGGAGCUCCAAUCUCUAGCGGCUGCUGUGGUCCCCUCCGCCCAGACCCUGAAAAUCACUGACUUCAGCUUCAGCGACUUCGAGCUGUCCGACCUGGACACAGCCCUGUGCACCAUCCGCAUGUUCACUGACCUCAACCUGGUGCAGAACUUCCAGAUGAAGCACGAGGUUCUCUGCAGGUGGAUCUUAAGCGUUAAGAAGAACUACCGGAAGAACGUGGCCUACCACAACUGGAGGCACGCCUUCAACACGGCACAGUGCAUGUUCGCCGCCCUGAAGGCUGGCAAGAUCCAGAACAAACUCACAGACCUGGAGACGCUGGCGUUGCUGAUCGCGGCUCUGAGCCAUGACCUGGACCACCGCGGGGUGAAUAACUCCUACAUACAGCGGAGCGAGCACCCGCUGGCACAGCUCUACUGCCACUCCAUCAUGGAGCACCACCACUUCGACCAGUGCCUGAUGAUCCUCAACAGCCCGGGCAACCAGAUCCUGAGCGGCCUCUCCAUCGAGGAGUACAAGAGUACGCUGCGCAUCAUCAAGCAGGCCAUCCUCGCCACCGACCUGGCGCUGUACAUCAAGCGGCGUGGAGAAUUUUUUGAGCUUAUUAGAAAAAACCAGUUUAAUUUGGAAGAUCCUCAUCAAAAGGAGUUGUUUCUGGCCAUGCUGAUGACGGCGUGCGACCUUUCGGCCAUCACGAAGCCCUGGCCCAUCCAGCAGCGGAUAGCCGAACUCGUUGCCACUGAGUUUUUCGACCAAGGAGACAAGGAGAGGAAGGAACUCAACAUCGAGCCCGCUGACCUGAUGAACAGGGAGAAGAAGAAUAAAAUCCCCAGCAUGCAAGUCGGCUUCAUAGACGCCAUCUGCUUGCAGCUGUAUGAGGCCUUGGCCCGGGUGUCCGAGGAUUGCUCUCCCUUGCUGGACGGCUGCAGGAAGAACCGGCAGCAGUGGCAGGCGCUGGCCGAGCGGCAGGAGACAACGCUGAUCAACGGGGAGAGCGGCCAGGCCAAGCGGAACUGAGUGAGCGUGACCUG